AAGGCGGGAGGAUGACAAACAGCAGGUUGACAGAAAACUGUUUAGCUUUGUUUGCUACGGUCCCUUGACGACAUUGUUCAUGCUGUUAAACGAAACGAAUAUAGAGGAAAUCGCUUCAGCUUUUAAACAUAGUUUCGGUUGGCUUCGUUAAAUAACUUCGCAUGCAUCCAUUGCUGACUGAAGAGUGGUCUGAGUUGCUAAGCUAAAGCCUAACGUGAACUUUUGGUCGGUCACUCUUGCUGUCAUAGAGUACUUUUAAAUGAUUCAGUGAAAUGGCCACAAGAAAACCCAAAGGAGAUGAGGCCAGCCUCCCGUUUGCAGCUCUGCAGCUGCUGGCCCCUCCUGUCCGGCUGGUGUCUGCAGCUCUCUGGAAAGUGCUGAAGCAGAGAGACGUGAUGCAGUAUGGGGUCGUGGAGGAAUUUGUGACGGCAGCCUGUGAGACUGUCCCCGGGCUGCUCACCUUAAGACACCAAGGCAAGCUAUCCCUGGGGCUGCGAGCGAGGUUAAUCUUAGAGUUGCUCUGCACAAAGCCAGAUGUUAAAGUGAUUGCACCACAUCUGGAAAGGAUCUGUGUUCCUGCUGCCCCUUCAUCCUCCUCUUCCUCGACUGCGAAGAAGGAUGUGAAAAUCAUGAGAACAGUGGAAAACUUCCAUUCUUUCAUCCACAUAUUGUUAAAAGACCCAGCAGAGAGAGAACGGUUCUUCAAAGAGCAGUUUCCUGUAGAUUACGGCCCAAAUUUUGACCAGGAGCUGGAGAAGCUCUUCUGGGAGUUUUUGAUUCGACUGGACCAGCUGCUUCCAGUUCCCAACCUUGCUCAGACAGUGUCUUGGCUCAGUGAUGCCCCACCUGUCUUGGAGGAGUGUGCACAAGCAGCCACCCAACCUCAGCUCCUCCGCAUCUUGCUUCAACAUCAGACCUGCCUUGGGCAUCUGGAACCAGCAGCAUCCCUGCCUCCAAACAUGGGAGACUCCAUCCUGGCUUCUCUUUCAUUGCCACCGUCUGGAAGAAUACCAUCAAAUCAACAAACGGGAGCCAACAAGUUUUCUGCUGAGCAGUUAAAUGGCCAAAAAGUGGGAGAUGCAGCGCCAUUCAUAAAGCCUGUUAUUGGACUCAUUUCUAAUGAGGAUGUACCCGUCAUGAUGUCAUCCAGCAAAAAGGCAGCCAGUUCAAGUGAUAGAACGGACGAGCAGCUUAAUCCAAAAGAGAACUUGCAAUUCACUUCACUCAAACGGAAACAAAAAAACAAAGAUGAUGGGGUGAAAGAGGGCCAAGACCAACCGAAGAAGAAGAAGAAAAAAAUGUUCUUGAAUGGAAACGGUAGAAUGAAACGUAAGCAAAUGGACAAAAUAAAGAGUUUCUCUGAUGAGGAUGAGGAGGAGGUUUUAGCUGUGAGCACAGUGGAGCCAAAGAGAACAAGCAUCCAGGCUAAAGGUGACCAGAGAAUGACUGAGUUAGAGGAAGAUGCAGAAGAUGAAGGGAAUAAGGGUUGUGACCGUGAACUCCUGAGUACCUGUAUGAGCAAGCAUGGCAUCAAAACACUCCACCUACCUGAAGAUGCAUCCCUCCGCUCUAUUUUUGCUUCCUGUCUGACCAACCAACCCCGAGUUGUUAUUGAAAAACUCUCAGCAGCUUCUGCAAGCACCAGCAGAUCUGGAAAAGGAGGAAAGAGGAGAUUGUCAGAGCAUCAACAAACGAGAAGCCUUCAAACGUCUGACUAUCCUGGCCUGGAUGAUAAAGAAAAUCAUCCAGUAUUAUCGAGCCCGAGCAGGUGUCCGUCUCAGCGGUGGAAUAACACAGAGAUGGCAGCCCUUCCAGACGACGGGAACGACUAUGUAGCAGAUUCUGAGGAUGAGGCGACGAAGAACUUCAAAGGCAGGCUGUUUGUAAAACGGUACUGCAAGACCAAACAUGGCACGUAUGUUCCAACCCUGAGGGAGUUCUGGAAACCCGGAACGACACGGCGAGACUGGUUAGCAGCUGGCAGUAAACGCAGGUGAUCAAUGGACUUUUGGUGCCGUUUGAUUUUACGCUGGUCUGACUGCAUCUAAUGGACAUCAAUAUCAGCAAUCUGUCAGAUUAUACCAAGUGGAUUUAAACUUGAAUAAGUAGCAUGUCAUCAAGGAAAGCACCGUAACUAAUGCAUGCAAUAAUUGUGUUAUUUGUAUUUUCUACAUAAAUGAGUAGCUCUUGCAAUUAUUUAAACCCUCAAUGUAUUAUUCUUUGCUAAUAAAGUUUUCUU